UAUACGAAGAAACGCCUACGGUUAUGGAGUGGUAUGAUUGAGUGACCUACAUUGACCCAAGAUGGCCGACGCUGGGUCGGGUGGAGGGACGUCAAAGAACAAAAACCGGCGAAGGAGAGAAAAAGAGAAAAAGAAGAAGCUACAGCAAGGAGCUACUAACUCGGGAGCUCAAGAUGAGGAUGUGGAAGAGGAGUCUCCAGCAGCCAAGUUUGAGAGAGAGCUGGCCUGGUGUGUCGAUCAGCUGGAAGCAGGUUUACAAAACAUGAAGCCAGAUGACAAGCAAAUGAGAGACACCAUGAAGAUUCUACAUACCCUGAAGUCCCAAAAGGCCUCCAUGCCCAAGAAACGACAGAUGAUGUGGGCAGUGUUUGGUGAUUACAGGAGGAAGAUUCUUGAGGAAGAACAGAAGAGUAAGCAAGCAAUCAAGAGGAUGAAACUAGAGCCGGCAACUCAACAGACAGACAGCGGUCGUUUCUUCAGGAGGUCUACUGCUAGUAAAGGAACCUGUUUUCUCUUCAGCACCGAGGGUUCUUCUGAACAAAGGCCUCAGUCUGAAGCAGAGGUCAAUAUGACAUUUGAAUCAUCCGACGCUGAAUUUAAGUUUAACUUUCCUAUGGACAACUCAAAGUCUGAUGUAGAAAUUGAAAAUGCCAAGGAUGGUGGUCUUUCUGGAAGCAUAGAAGAGGGUUCAAAGGUCAAGGUGGACUCAUCAGAUGGUCAACCCUUCCAAUUCAACUUUGCUGGGUUGAAAAUAGAGCCUGACACACAGGAUGCUUCUAGCAGUUAGUUAGUUAAUUGAUGUAUCACAUCCUCCUACGCAGGGACAUCCAACAGCCAAACCACCUGUCUGGAUGUGCCCUGCUCUUUCAUCCAUCACUCUUAG